AAGCAUUGCUGGGUUUACCGCGGAAUGUUUUUACUGCAAAAUUCCAUACUGAGUACAGCGAGUAGUCCAUGAUUCUAUGAUGGUUUAACCGGGUGCCAUUAUAUUUCACCAUCUUAAAAAUUAUUUGAUAAUUUUACAUUGGAAAUGGCGACCACAAAAGAACGCUCCUUUUGUGCCGUAAAUGUUAAACUAAUACCGUUGAAAAUAUUAAUAUUUAUAUUGUAUGGAGGGAUGGCUGCAUUAUAUCCGUACCUAACGAUUCAUAUGAAAUCUCUUGGUUUGACCAUCACCGAAACAGCAAUCGUAUACGCGCUUUUGCCAAUUCUUUGCUUUGCUGGACCUGCAAUUGCUGGUGCGGUUGCGGAUAAAUUGGGAUAUUACAAAGUUAUACUUGUUGGAGCGAUCCUAGUGAAUAUUGGACUGCACACGCUGAUGUAUUUUGGCGUCCCAUUAUACGAAAACAAAAAUAUUACCCAAAGCUACAAUUCGUCCCGGUUGGUAGCUUCCACAAUCUGCAAAGAAGAUUAUACUGUUCUUCCGAUAGUGGUAAACGCCACUGUACUGCAAUACAACUUCGAUGUUGCCGAUUACAAUGAAUCCAGUUGCCAAACUGCCAACUCUACUACCAUCGGUUUCGAUUCGCUAGACCUAUCAUCCUGCGAAUCGCGGUGCCCUUUUUACUGGUACCGCGAUAUAAAUAACGGAGAUGCGUCCGUCAACUUUACAUGCCCGGUAGCUGCGGAGAAUAUAACGUCUGUACAGAAUAAUUCAUCCACAGUGGAAUCAUCUUGUUGGAUCAAGUGCCGUAUGGCGCAGUCGUUUCCGGUUCUAUGUACAACACACAUCGAAAGCGGAAACCGGCAAACGACAUUUUGGUUGUAUUUCGUGUUUCGGGUGUUGGCAUCUAUCGCGCUGGCAGCGGUUUUUCCUCUGAUGGAUGCUGCUACCAUACAGAUGAGCGAGGAAUAUCAUGGGAACAUUGGGAUGCAGCGGAUGUAUUCCCUGUUGGGAAUGUGUGCUAUGGCGCCGCUGGCCGGACUUUUAAUGGAUCGGCUAAACAUGGGAUAUGCUCCGGCAUUUUAUCUGUACGAUGCAAUGCAUGUAUUAGCGGCAAUUACUGCCGGAAUAAUGAGCCUAACUGUUCGGUUGCCGGCGGAUAACAUCUGGAAAAAUGUCGGACAACUAAUGCGAAAUCCUCGAAUUGUUGUUUUUAUUUUCGUCGUUUUCUUCAUUGGUGCCGCAUGGGGUCUCCUGGACAGCUUCUUCUUUUGGUUCAUGGAAGAGGACCUGCAUUCUCCGAAGUGGUUACUUGGUCUUACGAAUACUGUCGGAGGACUUUGUGGAGUACCAGUAAUGGCAUCCGCAACAAGGCUCAUAAAGCGUUUUGGCCACACAAACAUUUUAAUCUUUUCCAUGUUCGUUUAUGGAGGACGUUAUAUUGGGUAUUCGUACGUAUACAAUCCCUACAUGGUGCUUCCUCUCGAAGCCUUUGAAGCCAUAACUAACAGUUUAAUGUGGGUCACAGCCACAAUCUAUGCCGGGAAAAUUGCUCCGCAGUACCUCGCAACGCUGCAGGGAAUUGUUGGAGGCAUGCAUUACGGAAUAGGACGUGGCGCUGGGGCUCUUAUUGGCGGCCUCAUGAUUAGGGCAGUUGGCGCGAGGGUGGCUUGGAGAAUUUUUGGAGUGGUGUGUUUUGGCUGUGGAUUCGUUUAUGCGGCACUGCAGUUUUUCUGGCUACGGAAAGUACCGAUGCCGACAAAAACAGACAGGAAGCUGAGCACCGGUCUCUCCAGCCAACCAACAUUGGAUUUCCGGAAAUCGCUGAGUCUGCGAGAGAUACACCCAAUGGCCGCUGAAGACGAACAAAAACUUGAAGAAAUUGCCAUGCUCAACGUGCUGAAAGCUACUUCCGGAGGGGUCACGGGAAGCAUCGUUAGUUUGCACCAUGACGCGGAUGUCGACGCACAAUCGGAUCACGAUCCAUAUUUUUACCAAAAAGGAAAACCGAGUAAUGCAAAUGACAGCAGCGAGCAAAAACAUUUCGAGUUUAGUAAAGGCGCAGUUGGAUACCGUGCGGAUUCAGACCCGGAGGAUGCUGCCGAUGAGCAAGGUGAUGCCGAAUAUGAUGAGCAGGGAAUCGCCGUUUAUGACAGAAAAUAAGAAGUUGGAGUACGUAUUAAAGUUUAUCUGUUAUUUUCCGUUACUGCUAUUGAUAAAACGCAGAGUUCGCACUCACUUUGAGUUGUUACAAUAAAAUUUGUUGAUAUUUUUAUGUAAAGGCUACCUUUCUGUAUUUGUAUCGCAACUGUUGAUCGCGAGGUUUUUUUUAUAAGUAGCGUCGUCGUGAUAGGCUUUGCGUUUUUGCAUUCUAACUUUUGUGCAAACGGUUUUAACUGUUGCAUACAUUUUACUGUCUUUAAAAAUUUGCUUGAAUUUGCUGUAAUCAUAAGAAUGCAGCUUUAAGACUGACCUUUCUCAGGUGUCCCUCUGUUUCAGCGAUUCGAGCAGCGAAUUCCACUCCGAUUGUACUUCGUAUACUGUAUUCUAUUUGUAGUUGAAUUAAUUUUUGGUGAAUCUUGAAAGAAUAUCGCUUUUUCCCACUCCGGUUUCCAAUGAUAACGACUUAAACUGAGAAGUUAGCAAACAAAGCAUUCUGUUAAACGUCGUGUAAUGCGAUUGACAUAACUAUCUUACACACAGUAAUUCCACAAUAGACAUCCCUAUUUUGCGUUUGGAGCGAAUUCGGUGCAGAGUACAGAUAUUAAAUCGAUUUAGCUACUUUCCGUAUCAACUUUGGAAGACAUUACUUAACUUUUUCGUCUC